AUGGGCAUCAAGGUUCGCCCCCGCUGCUUCCUCGACAUAGGAAUCAGUAAUGUUCUUGUUGGCAGAGUUGUGGUGGAACUGUUUGCAGACAUAUGUCCCAAAACCUGUGAAAACUUCCGAUGCCUUUGCACAGGAUCCGUCUUCCAUCGAAUCGUAAAGGAUUUCAUGAUCCAAGGAGGCGACUUCAGUGAAGGAAAUGGAAAAGGAGGCGAGUCCAUCUAUGGAGGGUUUUUUGAAGAUGAAAGCUUUGCUGUUAAACACAAUAAGGAUUAUCUGCUGUCAAUGGCCAAUAGAGGCAAAGACACAAAUGGGUCUCAGUUUUUUAUGUCAGAACCUGAGAUUGUUGAAGAGAAAGAGCAAGAGGAGUUGGUUACAUCGACCGUACGGCCUGAAGAAAUACCACCCGUCCCUGAGAAUCGAUUCCUCAUGAGGAAAAGUCCUCCAGCAGUCGAGAAGCCAAAUGAGGACGGAGAAAAGGACCAGAGAAAGAGAGAAGACCGGCCGAGGGAGAAUGCGUAUAAUUCUCAUUCAGCAUAUGACAGGCGAUUAGUGGUGACGACUCGAUCAGGGAGGAAGAUAAAGGGCAGAGGGCCGAGGAGAUACCGAACUCCAUCACGAUCUCGCUCAAGAUCAAGAGAUCGUUUUAGGCGGAGCGAAACUCCUCCUCAUUGGCGUCAUGAAAUGCAGCGUCAAAGGAUGAGGGCGGUCACAGGGGAGCGCUGGAUAAAGGGUGACAGAAGUGAGCUGAAUGAAGCAAGGGAAGAGGAAGCUAAAGCUCCAAGAAGAGAGAGAAACGCGUCGGACUCCAAGCAAGAGCAAACUUCUGAGGGUAAAAAAGAGAAGAAAUCUCGUAAGUCAAGAAGCAAAGAAAAGGAGGCUGCAGAAAAGGAUGGGAAGCACGGCACACACAAGGCAAAGAAAAGGGAUAAAUCCCAGAGUCGCAGUAAAAGCAGAGAGAGGAGCAAACGGUCAAAAAGCAGAGACAGGGGUAAAAAACACAAGAGCGACGACAGGAAGGGUCGAUCGAAGAGCAAUGACAGAAGUGCUAAAAACGAAAAGGAGUCAGAUCAAAGUAAAGAUAAAGACAAGGGUCAGGAAUCCAGCAAAAAACACAAAGACGAGAGCAAAGACAAGAGUGAUGAGAGAACUAGAACAAAGUCUCGCAGCAAAGAAAGAGCAUCUGCAAAGGCCGAGCGUAGAUCCAGCAGCAGAAGCAGGGAUCGAGGCGGACGCUCAAGGUCCAGAGAUAAGGAGGAGAAAAGAGACAAGGACAAAGAGAGGGGCAAAGACCGGAGCAGGAGCAAGGAGAGACGACACAACAGCGAAAAGGAGAGCAGGAGGCGCUCGUCUAGAGAUCAACGAUCAAGAAGUCCAGACAGAAACAGAACGAGAGACUCCAAGAGAAGCCGGCGCUCCAGAAGCAGGAGUCGUGGAAGAGACCACAGCAAAGAGCGGUCCUCUCACCGAAGAGAGCGCCGAAGGAGACGAAGCAGCAGCAGCAGUAGCAGCAGCUCUGAUAGGGACCGAGCAGACAAAAAGAAGAGUCAGAGCAGCCCCAGAGCCAAGAGGAGCGCAAAGAGUACCUCCAGAGAGAGAAGGAGCCCAGCGAAACCAGACAGUACGAAAGGCAAAAAGAAAAGCGAUAAGAAGAGCCAGUCGACUUCUGGCUCCAGCUCGGACUCAGACUGA